AGUAGUCCCCAUCAACCUGGCAUCCAUCCAGGAGCAGAUCCUUAUUAUCUCCUUUUCCUUGAGUUCUCCUGCUCAAAGCAUUGGACAGAGUUAUUCUGACUGGUUGGCCUAAGUCUUCAUCUUUUAGACCUGGAAUUUAUCAAUGAAGAGAGAGAACCACACAGUGGUGACUGAGUUUAUUUUCCAGGGUUUCUUCAGCUUUCAUGAACACAAGCUCACACUCUUUGUGGUAUUUCUUACCCUUUACCUUUUAACCCUGGCUAGCAAUGUCAUCAUUGUGACAAUUAUUGGCAUUGAUCGUCACCUUCACACACCCAUGUACUUCUUUCUUAGUAUGCUUUCCACUUCAGAGACCGUGUACACAUUGGUCAUUGUACCACGGAUGCUCUCCAGCCUUAUAGGUCUGAGCCAACCCAUCUCUUUGGCUGGCUGUGCCACCCAGAUGUUCCUUUUUAUCACUUUGGCCAUCAACAAUUGCUUUCUGCUCACAGCAAUGGGAUAUGACCGCUAUGUAGCCAUCUGCAAUCCCUUGAGGUACACGGUCAUCAUGAACAGAAGAGUAUGUACCCAGCUGGUGUGGGGAGCCUGCAGCAUUGGGCUACUUGUGGCCAUAAUUCAGAUUUCCUCUGUGUUCGGGCUGCCUUUUUGUGACAGAGAGGUGGCCCAUUAUUUCUGUGACAUCCGCCCAGUUAUGAAACUGUCCUGUGCUGACACCACUCUGCAUGACAUAAUGAAUUUUAUCAUCAGCUCACUUGUUAUUGUGGUGCCCAAGGGUUUGGUCUUCAUCUCCUACAUCCUUAUCAUCUCCACCAUCCUCAAGAUUGCUUCUGCUGAAGGCCGGAAGAAGGCUUUUGCAACUUGUGCCUCCCACCUUACUGUAGUCAUUGUCCACUAUGGCUGUGCCUCCAUUGCCUACCUCAAGCCCAAGUCAGAGAACAUGAGAGAUCAGGACCAGCUGAUUUCGGUGACCUACACUGUUUUCACUCCUCUCCUUAAUCCUGUGGUGUACACUUUGAGGAACAAGGAGGUCAAGGAUGCCCUUCACCGUGCUAUUGGCAAAAAACCUCUUGCCUAGAAUCUUUGGUAAUUUGACAUAUACCCUAUCAUGCUCUGGAUAUUUUUGUAAUCUAAAAAAAAUUUGAUCUUAUCCUUUAUCCCCUACCCAGAAAGAGUUGCAGAAUUUGGUGGUAAGCCUGCAUUAAUGAAUCAAGAGUUUCCCUGACUUGAAUUUUGUUUUUACCAUCAUUCUCCGAUACCUUCUACUAAUCUCGUAGGUUACCACUAGGGGAAUGAUUAGAUGCUGCUCACAAGGUGAAAAACUGGUAGGAAAUAGUAAGCAAGAGGGUAGUUGAUUGUUAUCAGUGUGUUGAUGGCAGAAAAGUGGGCUGCAAAUGCCUAUUUGAAGUGUUGGGUUGAAAGAUCAACCUAAAUGUCAGGUAGACAUUGAGCUCUAAA